GCCAACAGAAAACAAGGGAAGAGAAGAGAGGAUCGCACUCGCAGGCACCACAGCUCGAAGCCGGAGAAGAACCCUGGUCGCCUCUCCCUCUACCUCGCUCGGCGACGAAGGGUUUCCCGCUGCGCACGGAUCUCGGCCAAGAUGAGGCCCGUGUUCGUGGGGAACCUGGACUACGACACCCGCCACUCGGAGCUCGACCGCCUCUUCUACCGCUACGGAAGGAUCCACCGCAUCGACAUGAAGUCAGGAUUUGCUUUUGUCUACUUUGAGGAUGAGCGUGAUGGUGAUGAUGCCAUACGGGCUCUUGAUGGUUAUCCCUUUGGCCCUGGGAGACGCAGACUUUCAGUGGAGUGGUCACGGGGUGACCGUGGAACCAGACGUGAUGAUCGUGAUGGCUAUAGUAAGCCACCAGUGAACACUAAGCCUACUAAGACAUUGUUUGUCAUCAACUUUGACCCAAUCAACACAAGAGUUACUGAUCUUGAAAGGCAUUUUGAUCCAUUUGGGAAGAUAUCAAAUGUUAGGAUAAGGAAGAACUUUGCAUUUGUGCAAUUUGAAACACAGGAAGAGGCCAGCAAAGCCCUAGAUGCAACUCAUCUGACCAAGUUACUGGACAGAGUGAUUUCUGUUGAGUAUGCCUUCAGGGAUGAUACCGAACCAGGUGACCGGUAUGACAAGCCAAGUAGGGGUGGUGGCUAUGGAAGGCAGGAUGACAGUUCAUAUCGCCGUUCUGUUAGCCCAGUGUACCAAAGGUCACGACCUAGUCCUGACUAUGGUCGUCCAGUGAGCCCUGCAUAUGGUUCAUAUGACAGGAGCAGGAGCCCUGUCCGUGAUCGCUAUCGAAGCCGAUCCCCUGUCCAGCGCUCAAGAUCCCCAGUUGCCAACAGAAGAGCUUAUGACUGAUAAGAAUUAUCUAGGAUAUGGAUGUGAGGCGGCUUCGAUUUGCCAUUCUAGCUCUAGCACUACUAAACAAGAACUUCCGUACCUGUAAUGAAGCUUAUCGUUUAGCGGACAUGAAAACUGCUGUAUUAUAAGACCUGUACUUCAAUAUAUGCUAUGUUUCUAUGUCUCGAGAUUACCAUAUGCCUGCCA